AUUUUCGCUAAGCUUCUCCGCGCGUUAUCACUUUGCUGUUAGUGACUGGAUCAUCUCAUUUAGACAGAGAUCGUCCUCUCACACGGACCAGAAGCGUCUUAGCGCAGGACGGUGUCAUCUGGCAGAUGGAGCUUCAUUCAGGACUCCUUCAGAGCUGAAGUAGCUCCACUAACCGUCAACACUCAGAUCAAUAACCCACUCUUUGUAGAUACUGUCUUUUGGACAGAUAGUUUGUGUUGGACAAAUUCGACAGGAAACUGUUUGCCAGUAGUCUAUCAGCUUUCCAAAAGAUGAAUAAGUGGUAACUCUCCAUCCAGCGUUUCCAUGCAACAGCGCGGGCGGCUGUGAGGAGUAGCUGCUGCUGCAGAGAGCUCUGUAGAUGCGAUCAGGGCUCUAGAAACCCUGAGCGCCUUCGCAAGCCCAAUGGAGCGACAAGAUGAGCCGGGAGGAGGCUUAAAGCACCAUGAUAGCGCAGAGGAGCUCGGUUCUCCUCCCUUCUCCUCUUGUGAGUACUCACGCAGCCCAGAGCUGGAGGAGCCUGCAAAGAUGAGAAGGAACGACAACUACCUGCCAGUCCCUGGUGAAGAGAAGAACCUGGACGUGGACUUUACCAGCACUAAGCCCAGGAGCAACGAGUCUAUACCAAUGAAAAAUCUCUACGCAGAUGAUGGCUCACCUCUAUACCCGCAGUUAGGCCCGUACUUCUCUGAUGGGCGGCGGCGUGUGGACUAUGUGCUGGCAUAUCACAUCCAAAAACCCAGUGGCAUCCGGCGGCAAUCGUCCAGAUUUGGCGACACCAACUUCAUACGACGGCUUCGGCGCAGCCUAAGCAUGAGAAGCAGCCGAGCCCCGCUGCAACCAAAGGAAGACCCAGAGAUUGCUGCCCAGGAGCAGCGGACUGACUACCAUGAGGAUGACAAGCGCUUCAGGCGUGAGGAGUUUGAGGAAAAUCUUCUGGAGACGGGGCUGGAGCUGGAAAAGGAUGAUGGGUGUAAGAUUCCCGGAAUCGGCUUUUUGAAGAUCCAUGCUCCUUGGAAUGUUUUGUGUCGAGAGGCUGAGUUCAUGAAGCUCAAGAUGCCAACAAAGAAGGUUUAUGAUGUCAAACAAGGAAGCAAUGUGGUGGAGAAGAUCCGAUUGUUUAUUCACAAAGUUACAGCUCCUCUUCACCCAAAAGUAGAUGCCAACCGACCAGACAGUGUCAAAUCCCUCUCUCAUCCAUUCUCCAGAGAGAAGCAACAUCUAUUCGAUCUGUCUGACAGGGACAAGUUCUUUGACAGCAAGACCAGGAGCUCAAUAGUCUAUGAGGUACUGAAGAGGACAAGAUGCACCAAAGCCAAAUACUCCAUGGGAAUCACCAGUCUGCUAGCCAAUGGUGUCUACACAUCUGCUUAUCCACUGCAUGAUGGAGACAUUGAGGGAGUGAAUGCAGAGCCUAAUGACAGGAAGCUGCUGUACGAGGAGUGGGCCAGCUACAGCGUCUUCUACAAGUACCAGCCUAUCGGGCUCAUCAGAAAGUACUUUGGGGAGAAGGUUGGACUGUAUUUUGCCUGGUUAGGAGUCUACACACAGAUGCUGAUCCCUGCUGCCAUCGUUGGAGUCAUUGUGUUCCUCUACGGCUGUGCCACUGUUGACGAUAACAUACCGAGCAUGGAGAUUUGUGAUCCCAGGAACAACAUCACCAUGUGUCCGCUGUGUGACCACGCCUGCAGCUACUGGAAGUUGGUGACAGCGUGUGGCACAGCCAGGGCUAGCCACCUAUUCGACAACCCAGCCACUGUCUUCUUCUCCAUCUUCAUGGCCCUCUGGGCCGUUCUCUUCAUGGAGCACUGGAAGAGGCGACAGAUGCGGCUCAACUAUAUCUGGGACCUGACCGGUUUCGGAGAGGAGGAAGAGGAGGAGCAUAAGGAUCACAACCGAGCGGAGUACGAGUUCCGGGUCAUGCAAAAGACAAUGAAACAGGAGCAUUCAAUCCCAAAGGACGAGAAGGUGAAGCUGACAUGUACAGACAGACUGCCAGCGUACCUGACUACUGUGGUCAUGAUGUGCUUCAUGAUUGCUGUGACAUUUGCCAUAGUGUUCGGGGUCAUCCUGUACCGAAUUAGCAUCAAGGCAGCUCUGCACAUUAGCACCUAUCCUGCAGCACGGUCCAACAUCCGAGCCACUGUCAAAACCACCGCAGCCAUUAUCAACCUCAUCGUCAUCAUCAUUUUAGAUGAAAUCUACGCCUCCAUCGCCCGCUGGCUGACCACACUAGAGGUUCCAAAAACAGACAAGAGCUUCGAGGAGCGGCUCAUCUUUAAAACCUUUAUCUUGAAGUUUGUCAAUGCCUUCACACCCAUUGUUUAUCUGGCCUUUUUCAGGGGCAGGCUUGUUGGGAGACCUGGAAACUACUUGUAUGUUGUUGGAUCGUACAGAAUGGAAGAGUGUGCCCAUGCAGGCUGCCUCAUGGAGCUGUGCAUCCAGUUGUGCAUCACCAUGUUAGGCAAGCAGCUUAUCCAGAACAACCUGUUUGAGAUCGGCAUACCGAAGCUGAAGAAGUUGCUACGGAAGAGGAAGUCAGACUUGGACUCAAAGCAAGAGGAGGAGCUGAACAAAACAAUGCAACGCCAUGAGAAAGACCACUUCCUGGGUCCAUUUGUUGGACUUAGCCCCGAGUACAUGGAGAUGAUCAUCCAGUUUGGGAUGGUGACUCUCUUUGUGGCUUCUUUUCCUCUGGCACCACUCUUUGCUCUUCUAAACAACAUCAUUGAGAUUCGCCUGGAUGCCAAGAAGUUUGUUAUGGAGCUGCGCAGGCCGAUUGCAGCCAAAGCCAAAGACAUUGGUAUCUGGUACAACCUGUUGAGGGGCCUCAGUAAGGUAGCAGUCAUCGUUAACGCUUUUGUCAUCUCCUUCACAUCUGAUUUCAUCCCCCGGCUGGUCUACCAGUACACGUACAGUCCUGACGGCACCAUGCACGGCUUCAUCAAUCACACUCUGUCAUACUUCAACGUGAGUGAUUUUCAGCCUGGCACAGACCCCCUGCAGCCAAUGCACCUUGGCUACCCAGUAGAUAUGUGCAGAUAUAAGGACUACAGAGAGCCUCCAUGGUCUAACACGCCCUAUGAACUUUCCAAGGAGUUCUGGGCCAUUUUAGCCGCCCGCCUCGCCUUUGUUAUUGUCUUUCAGAAUGUGGUGAUGCUUAUGAGCGACUUUGUGGACUGGCUCAUCCCAGACAUCCCCAAAGACAUCAGCCUUCAGAUUCACAAAGAGAAGAUCCUCAUGGUGGAGCUCUUUAUGAAAGAGGAACAGGGAAAAAGGCUCGCAGCGAGGGACAAGGAUAGUCAGGACAACUACACCUCCCCCUCGUCAGCCAAUGAGAGCCCACCACAGCCCCGCUCACGGCCUAUUUCACAUGCUAACUGCUGUUAGAGUGCUAGCUGCUCGGAUCUGGGAAACAAGCACAAGCACAAUGAGCAAACAUAGCAAACUGUAAAUACAGUUGUGCUCAUAAGUUUACAUACCCUGGCAGAAUUUAUGAUUUCUUGGUCAUUUUUCAGAGAAUAUGAAUGAUAACACAGAAACUUUUCUUUCACGCAUGGUAAGUGGUUGGGGGAAGCCAUUUAUUAUCAAUCAACUGUAUUUACUCUUUUUAAAUCAUACUGACAACAGAAACUACUCAAAUGACCCUGAUCAAAAGUUUACAUACCCCAGUUCUUAAUACCGUGUAUUCCCUCCUUUAACAUCAAUGACAGCUUGAAGUCUUUUGUGGUAGUUGUAGAUGAGGGUCUUUAUUUUGUCAGAUGGUAAAGCUGCCCAUUCUUCUUGGCAAAAAGCCUCCAGCUCCUGUAAAUUCUUGGGCUGCCUUGCAUGAACUGCAUGUUUGAGAUCUCCCCAGAGCUGCUCAAUGAUAUUGAGGUCAGGAGACUGAGAUGGCCACUCCAGAACCUUUACUUUAUUCUGUUGUAGCCACUGACAGGUAGACUUGGCCUUCUGCUUUGGAUCGUUGUCAUGUAGGAACGUCCAAGUAUGUCCCAUGUGCAGCUUCUGGACUGAUGAGUACAAGUUUUCCUCCAGUAUUUUCUGAUAACAUGCUGCAUUCAUCUUGUUCCCUGUGCCUCUGUAGCUCACACAUCCCCAAAACAUCAGCGAUCCACCUCCGUGUUUCACAGUAGAGAUUGUGUACUUCUCAUUAUAGGCCUUGUUUACUCCUCUCCAAAUGUAACGUUUAUGGUUGUGGCCAAAAAGUUCAAUUUUGGUCUCAUCACUCCAAAUGACUUUGUUCCAGAAGUUUUGAGGCUUGUCUCUGUGCUGUUUGGCAUAUUGUAAGCGGGAUGCUUUGUGGCAUUUGCGUAGUAACGGCUUUCUUCUGGCGACUCGACCAUGGAGCCCAUUUUUGUUCAAGUGCCUCCUUAUUGGGCAUCUUGAAACAGCCACACCAGUUUUUUUCAGAGACUCCUGUAUUUCAGCUGAAGUUAUUUGUGGGUUUUUCUUUGCAUCCCGAGCAAUUUUUCUGGCAGCUGUGGCUGAAAUUUUUGUUGGUCUACCUGACCGUGGUUUGGUUUCAACAGAACCCCUCAGUUUCCACUUCUUAAUUAAUGUUUGAACACUGCUGAUAGGCAUUUUCAGAUCCUUGGAUAUCUUUUUAUAUCCCUUUCCUGUUUUAUACAGUUCAGUUACCUUUUCCUGCAGAUCCUUUGACAAUUCUUUUGCUUUCCCCAUGAUUUAGAAGCCAGAAACAUCAGUGCAGCACUGGAUGAAAGAUGAAGGGCCUGUCAAGAGCCCAGAAACUCACUGACCUUUUAUACACACACACGGAUUACAAGCAAAUAGAUCACAGGUGAGGAUGGUUACCUUUAGUAGCCAUUCAAACCCGUUUGUGUCAACUUGUGUGCCUGUUAUCAGGCCAAACCUCCAGGGUAUGUAAACUUUUGAUCAGGGCCAUUUGGGUACUUUCUAUUGUCAUUAUAAUUUAAAAAGAAUAAACACAGUUGUUUGAUAAUAAUAAUAAAAAAAACUAUAGCACAACACUAACCAUGAGUGAAAGAAAGGUUUUUGUGUUAUCAUUCAUAUUCUCUGAAAAAUGGCCAAGAAAUCAUAAAUUCUGCCAGGCUAUGUAAACUUAUGAGCACAACUGUACAUAGGCUGGCUGGUAAAGGUUAACAGUUAUCCAUUAAUAUAUGGUCAGUUUGCUGCAUUCACAUUGUUCGGGAACAUUUUCAGGACUUGAACUUUGAUGUGUUCACAUUAGAAUUAGAAUUCCAAGUUAAGAUGUUACUUUUUACACACAUUUUACAUCUUCAGCCAUUAACUCAAAAUCCAGCACGUAGUGCACAGAUAGUACUUUGCCAUAGAUUUAUGAUCUCACAACCAUAUUUAUUUGAAAGGAACAAGCCAUUAGCUUCAUUGAGGAAAUCAACUUUCAGGAUGUCUGAGUGCUAAACUGCACCUGCAGUAGAUUUUAAAGCCUCUCCCAUAAGACAUGAAUGCCGCUUUUUCAAUGAAGACAGCCUCUGUCAGUCCGUCCAAAUGGUCCUGCUGAGAAGAACUUCCUCUGGUAUCUUAUUGCUAUGAUCCAGCAGAAUAGGAGAGCUUCUCUCCUCCUGCAUUAGUGUUUCACAUUUACACAGGCCUUUUUUUAUUUUUUGCACAUGUACAAAUGCAGGAAUUUAACGAUGUGCUUUUUGUAUAUGCAACAUGGUCAAGCACAUGUGUUUUUGUUGUUGGGAUGAACAGCAGGUUUAGGAACACCUGCUAAUUUAUAUUAUUCUCUUGUAUGAGCACCAUAUUGUUUUUUGUUACAUUUGUUACAUUUUUAGAAAGAUCAAACAGCCUGACAAGGUUCAGUGAUGUAAUUCCUGGAAGCACAAGUCACAUUAUUUUUCACUUUAAUGAACUGGAAUUCUUAAAACUACAAUUGAUAAGGUUUAAAGUGUAAACACAAAGAUGUCAUGCUCCAUCUCACUUUGCUGAGAUGCUGUCAAUACAUAUCAUGUGUCCUGUGGACCCUUGCUAAGAUGUGGUAUUGGGUACGGACAGAACUUUUUUGACACAUUAAUCCAUGAUUUGCAAACAGUUUUUUGGCACAUCCAGUACAACAUUAGUUACCAUUUGGAGUAUUUCAGUCCAGUGUGUCCUGUUCUCUGCCUCUUUCAUCUUUGAUUAACUCUUAAUCGUCAUCUGUCUAGGGCCCCUUUCAGACGGGCUUUCCUUUCCAGUAAGCUGACAGCAUCUGAACGUGUUGACUUCAUGUCUGAAUUAGCACCCUGGUAACUUUUCCAUGAAAGUUGUGAUGGGAACCUUAUUAUAUCUGAUUUAUUAACAUGCAUUUUACUCUGAACAAAGCACAAGUCUAAAAUGUAUGUGGUCGCAUCAACAAAUAUUCAAGCUUAAGCAGUGUACUUCAAGAUAUGUGAAGUGAUUCGAGGAAGACUUUUUCCACCUUUUAGCACCAUGAUUGGUCAACAAAUAUGUUGACCAAAAUAUGUUGACCAACUCUGUCCUUUGUCCAGAGCGCAAAGGACACAGUGUGGUACCAAAAUCACAAAACACCUUUCUCAUUCACUCUUCUCUAAAAUUUCAUAUCCAUUGCAAACAAAAGUGUCCAGAAGAUGGACAUUUCAGAAUUUAGGAAUACACUUGCUAUAGUCUCUGUCUUUAUCUCAACAAGACAGAUCAGGUCAUAUUAUUGAUACUCACGAAUAAUGAAUGUAAUCUAGGUUUUCACAAGGAGACUUUCCUCUGGGUUUAAAUACCUGCAGCAUCAGACAGCAGGAGGGUUUAUACGAGCAUCUUUGAGAGAGAGAGUUUCAUACAUUUACGCACAUGGAACAGCAGCAGUAACUUUAUCAAUUACUUGUAAUUAUUAAUUAUCCCCAAUAUGGAGACAGGAUUAUCAGGAUCCAACAAGUCACAGUUUGAACUUCUCCUAACAUCAGACAGGUGAGCUCACAGUCACAGAGUGAGUAAGUUUCAUUUAAAUCAUUUGUUACAUAGUGAUCGUCCUCACAUUGAGUCCACAGCUCCAUCACAGCUGUUGGGACAUUUUUAUUUUAAUGUCAGUAAAGAUAUCGUUAGAUUAUCAUGCAUGGACAGUAUUUUCAGUGUGUAGGAAAUCAUAAAUGAAGUAGUCUAUUAGUUAUUUGAACAGUUUUCUAAACUUACUAUUAGUGUAGAUUUACACUUUUGUUUAUUAGUGUUUUAUUAAGUAUCAUACAUCAGUUGAUGUACUGUCCAGUCUCACAUGUACGAUGAAUAUCACAUGCACCAUGGAUCUAUCACAACUGUGGUGGGUGUUUCUGAAUGAAGCUGUGAUGAACAUUAAAGUAAACGUGACCCAUUGAGAAUAGCUUAAUAAAGCAGCAAUGUUAUGUAUCCCAUGUCAAAAAAAGGCUUAGCUGUGUGGGGCUGGGCAGUUAAGAGUGCAGUCAAUUUCUUUCCAAACAUGUUCCAGAGAAAAAAAAGCUUCCUGCUGUUGUGUGAAACAAGCAAAGAAGUUUGUGGGAAAAACUGUAAUAGCAAAACAAUGUGCGGCAAGACUCGAAAAUACUGUGUGGAACUGCCCAGUUUGUCACUAUGAUCAACCCCUAUUCCAUUACACAUAGUCAUGAUCUGUUUUAAAUGUUAAAACAAUAAUCAGUGCAGCUUUAAAGUGCUUUAAUCAACAUGACUCCAAAUGAAUGCUAAUGUUGUUCUGUCUGGUGAAUGUAUAAUUAUAUGCAACUGUCAUAUCAUUUCCAUCUUUUGCUCCUGCCUGUCAGCUCUCCAUUUAUAGGAAGAAACAGCUCUUAUCUGUUUUGUGUCUUUUGUAUCAUCAGCAAACUGCCAAGUGCAGUUUAUUGAUGUCACCUUGUCUUCAGUUCAAAAUCCUGUAAUCGCUGAAUGCACCAAGGGGACAAGUUGGCCAUUGCAGCUUUACAGAGCUUAGAUUUAAUUAAAACCCAAACUGCCAGCCACAGCUACUCAGAUACUCAGAUUUAGGGUUUUCUGAGCCAAACCUUUUAUCCAUUAAGCAGAUCAUAGUGAUAUUGGGUAAUGCAACCUAGCUAGUUAGCAUAGACUUAGCAACUGUAAAUAAAAUGUAGUUGUCCAUUUCAAAUGUGUGUUUAAAUAUUUACCACACAGGUGUGGUGUCAGAUUUAAAGUUGUGUACUGAAAAUGGAAAUGAAUGCACUCAUGGUUAAAGUCACAUGUAGUGUUCAGUGUAUACAGUUAGUGUCAUUAUACUCACAUGACAUCUGAAAACUGCAUCUGUGGAAUUUUUGGACUGGGGAAUCUUGCUUAUUAGUAUGGGAUGCUAAUUUAAAGGGACAUUGCAUUCAGUUUUUUGCUAGAGGAGAAAUUUCUUGAUGCCUCUGAAAAGCAGUACCAGUGUCUUGCUCAGUGGGACUUCGGUGAGAGUAGGUGAUCGAGGUGACAGCAUUAAUGACUUUCUGCCUUAUAUCCAUGAACUGAUGGUCUUCUGAACUAUCAUCGACUCAUUUAAGCUUUCCUUUCAGUGGUUUUCAUAAAAAGUGAUUUAUCAGUCAAACCUAGCAGAGCAACACUGUUUCAACAUUGAUGUCUUGCCUUAUACUAACAUAAUAAAUUGUCUGGCAUUCUUCCGAAGCUGCAGCUCUUUAGAUAUUCAAGCACAAAGACUGAAUGAUAUUUUUUUUGUAUUUAUUAAACUGCAAAAACAUAUGUGGGAGUGACUGGAUAACAUACUGAAGAAUGGAAGUGUAAUAUGUAAUGUAGACAAAGUCUACACUGUCUAAUUCCCCCUUGCUGUAAAUAUAUAGUCACCUAAAAUUUAAGCCCUCAGCUCAGACUCAUGGAAUGUAUGAUUCACUUUUUUUUCUUCAGUGAUGUAUAAUGAGCUUGAAGUCAAAAUAUUUCUGUUGUAUAUGUCUUUUAGUUACAUGACAAUACAUUUCUAAGUGUAUCUAACAUGUUGAAAGGGUGUUAUCAACCCACAGGGGAACAGAGAUCGACCAACUAAAGACUUUCACAAAGACAGUGAUGAACUUCAUCAUAUUGUACCCAUUUAAAAUCAUCAUUUAAUAAACUAGAAACCAUCAGGAUGGACAUUUUUGUGUGCGGAAGGAUGCCUGGGAAAACAUCUUCUAAUACAGCUAACAGACGUUUUAUCACUAGAGAUGUUCUUCUGCAUGGGCUAUGAUAAAAGCUGCACAUUUUACAUUUUAUUUUUACCAAAUCCUUUUCCUGGUGAUACUGCGUGUAAGUAGGUUAGUGUUGAUAUUCAGUGAUAGAUUAUGUGUUGCCAGAGGGCCGCAGAGCCUGUUUUAAUUAGAAAUAGUUACAGCCUCUAAUUCUCUUCUACCCUCCUGUUACGUGUGAAGACCCUUCCUUGACGUCCUCAUGAGAUGACCUCCUCCUGACAUCCUACUCCUUUUGGCAUUUACAGCAUCAAUAAACACUACACAUUGUGACAAGCUGAUACCUGUUCUAACGUAUGUCAGAGCACAUUCCACAACAUGCCUCAGCACAUCUGCAUGUGUAACCUAUGAGUCUGUCUCUGAUAUUUUGCCUUUUGUUGUUUUAACAAACUGCAAAUAAACCAGAGGUGAAUUGCCUGAGUAGA